GAAGAAAUUGUUUGGUCCGCGCCUUUAUCCCGGCAAAAAUCGAGCGACAGCGCGCGGUCGAAAAAUCAAUCGUUACAUUAUUCAGCGUUUUUACAAUGCGAUCUAUUUAAGAAAUAAUAUCAUAAGAAACUGUGAUCCUUUCUAAACACGAGUAUUAAUCAUUGGAAUGGUAUACGGUUCGAGCGGUGCUAAAAAUCUUUGUAGACCGAGAGCUUUUGACAGCGUGGGGUACCUGCCGAUCUACGAUCGUAACUCCUGCACUUUCUCCCACCAUUUAUAAAGUUCGGCUCAUAUCUCGCACUCGUUCAGUCGUCCUGCCAACACGUGUUUGGAAUAUUGGCCGAGAAUUGGCAGAAACCGCGUAUGAAGUGAAGUUCCGCUCUAAUAUCACCGAUUUUGUGCGUCGCGAACGAGGUUCCAGCUGGUCUGGAAAGUUCCGUGUUUUCGAGCAGCCAAAAAUCUUCCGAAACAUGAAGGGACGAAGAGAAUGGCGGACUGUAACAGCUUUCCUUGUUCUGUUACUAACAAAAGAAGCAAGCGUAGCGAACGGCAAGAAUAUCACGUCCGGGGAUGAGAAAUUCUCAGAAAAUACAGGAAACAAGGAGAAACUGUCGGAUUUGGAAGGAUCGGAAACAACCUACACCUUCAGUUACACGAACGGUUUUGAAAAUGCGUAUGAUUCAUUUCCUUAUUCUUCCCAUGUGUAUUCCUCUAGUUUCCCACAGAGUAGCGUAUCGUUCGACAUUGGGCGAAACACGACGUUAGAUAUUCAUCGAGAGAUCAGGUGCGGAGAUGCUUUCCAGCGCGUUUGUGAAAAAGCGAGAUAUCGAACGUACGAUGGCUCUUGCAACAAUCUAAGGAAUCCCACGUGGGGUAUGGCAAAUACGAGAUACGGCCGGCUAUUGCCACCAAAUUACGGAGACGGAAUACGAUCGCCCACGAAAUCAGUAACUGGAGCAGAAUUACCACUUUCUCGAUUGGUUAGCUAUACGUUAUUUCCCAAAGUCGAUAUCGAUGAUCCCGUAUGGACGCUGGUAGCGAUGCAAUGGGGACAAAUUAUUACUCACGACAUGGCUAUGAUCGACGGAACUACUCAAUCAAAACCACACACGACGCAGUGCUGUACCGAGGAUGGGCAAUUGGUAGACCCGUUGUUGCUUCACGGUCAAUGUUAUCCCAUAAUUAUACCUUACGAUGAUCCCACCUACAGCAAGGCCAAUAUAAGAUGUCUCAACUUCGUUCGUAGUACAACCGACCUUGACCGCAGUUGUGCAUCUCGAUACAAACCAGCAGAACAGUUAACCGUCGUAACGCAUUUCUUGGAUCUCUCUCUGGUUUAUGGAUCCAGUGAUCAGCUGGCGACCAGUUUGCGAGCCGGUGUCGGCGGCCGCAUGAACGUCGAGAUACGACGCAACAGAGAAUGGCCACCUAUGGCAACCAACAAGAGCCAGCUUUGUGAAACCACGGAUCCUAACGAAAUUUGCUAUCAGGCCGGAGACACGCGAGUUAAUCAGAAUCCCCAGCUGACUAUUUUGCAAAUAAUACUGCUUAGGGAGCAUAAUCGCGUCGCUGAUGCUUUAGCUCGUUUAAAUCCACAUUGGACGGACGAGACGAUAUUCCAAGAGGCGCGACGAAUUGUAAUCGCAGAACAUCAACACAUUUCCUAUUACGAAUGGUUGCCAAUAUUUUUAGGCAUUGAGGCCACGUACGGUAAUAAGAUUUUAUACAACACCAAGGGCUACGUAGACGACUAUGAUAAAACUGUAAAUCCAAGUGUUCUGAACGAACAUUCGAACGCAGCUUUUAGAUAUUUCCAUUCCCUUAUCGCCGGCUACCUCAACUUGGUGAACGAGCACCGACUUUCAAACGGUGCCUUGAGGCUGAGCGAUCACUUCAACAGACCAGGAAUUAUCGAGGAGCGUAACAAUAUGGACGAUUUGACGAGAGGCAUGUCUUAUCAGCCAGAAAAAGCCAGCGAUCAAUUCUUUGACGCGGAGAUCACGGAAUUCUUAUUCAGAAACGACAGACCACUGGGAUCUGACCUUCGCGCAACAGAUAUUCAGAGGGAUCGCGAUCACGGCCUCGCGUCAUACAACAGCUACCGCGAAUACUGCGGUCUACCAAGAGCGAAAUACUUCACUGACUUCACAGAUUAUAUUUCUGCCUCGAACGUGGCAAAGUUGUCUGAACUGUAUCCCAGUCCUGAUGACGUCGAACUGACUGUCGGAGGAUCAUUGGAAGAACAUGUGCCGGGUACGCUUUCCGGUCCUACGUUCUUGUGUAUUCUUACCAGACAAUUCUAUAAAACACGAGUGGGUGAUCGUUAUUGGUACGAAAGAGGUGACCACCAAACAGCGUUCACUAUAGAGCAAUUGAACGAGAUUCGAAAGGCCAGUAUAUCAAGAUUAUUCUGUGAUAAUGGCGAUCACAUCGCAAGCAUGCAACUAAGAGGCUUCCAGCAAGUAUCUGCAUCUAAUCCUAUCAUGAUUUGCGACAACAUUCCGUCGGUAGAUCUUUCGCUGUGGAAGGAUUACGCCCCGGAACUGGCAAAUCAAAAAUACACCAUACCUCCAUUUUAAACAAUAAGAAUGAUUAACAAUUUCCACGGAAUAAUUUUCUUAUUACCAAAUAUCAAUCCGUUAAAAACAAUUUAAACGAUACGCCUGAAGUAUUAUCGAUAGUUAACGUAAAAUUGUAACAAUUUAUGUAAUUAUGCAAGUUGUGCCUUACGUCCUAUUAAUAAAAUGCAUUACUUUUUUUAAUUUA